ACCUGCCGAGAGCGGCAGUGCUAAUGUCGCCGAGAACGAAGACGUGCACUGCAGAACCCAGCUACCGGAGCCUGAGCGGGGAAGGGCGAGGUGCAGGGCGUGAUCACCCCCAUAGAGCUGAGGACCGUGAUCCUAACAGCAGUUCUGCUGAUCUGAGUUUGGUUAUGGCAGCGCUGGUUGUCACUGCCAUACUGGUGAUGGCUGGCCCAGCGGACGCCCAGAGCACCACGACGCGGAGAUCGGCCGCGGUGGACGUAGAUCUGGGAGACACCGUUGGCAGUCUAGGAGGAACACUUGGGAACACCCUGGGAGGAGGCGUUCUGCACGUAAGCCGUGCUGCGAAGUCCAUAUCGACAUCAUCAGCGCACAGUCGUUCGCAGAAGAGUCAGACGUAAAGACAGAGAAAUCAAUUCAACUACUGUUAUUUCAUAUUCUAAAAUGUUUAUAAUGUUGAUGUUGAAUAUCUGCGUGUUAAUAAAUGACAUAAAUGUGUUUUUACUGUGGUCA